AUGGCAUUAUCAAAUGAUGAAAAACAAAUUAUUAAUGAAACAAAACCUGUUUCAUUAGAUAAUCUUUCACCAAUAGUUCGUCAAAUUCUUUCUAAAGAUCCAUCAUAUGUUGUUCGUUUUGUUGCAAGCCGUGCUGAAAAUCUAUUUUCACAAAUAUCAAAAGAUGAUCUUAUAUUAUCAAUAAAUGAAGAUGAAAAUGAUUUACCUCGUCUUCCAAUUGUGAGUUUUCCAUCGACAGUGAAUCUUAUUUGUCUGAUUCCUCGAACUGAAUAUGGACUGGAAGAACUUAUUUUCAAAGUAUUUCGUUACUGGUCACAGCAUGAUGGUGUUUAUCUACUUGCUAGUACAAAUACUGAAAAAACUAGUUUAUUUAAUAGUCUUAUUGAUUCUGAUCUUUGUCAUAUUGAUGCACUUGGUUAUAUUCAAUGUGUAACUGAAUUAAAUCUUCCUGGAGUUAUUUUACCUGAACAAAUGAUUAAUGAAUGUCGUAAUAUUGGACAAACGAUAUUAAUUGGUGACAUUGCAAGAAUUGAUAUUAAACAUAUUUCUAAUGAUGUUCUAGUGAGUCUUUCUUUCAUGACAACAUCUCAUUUACCAAUUAAUGUGAUAGAAACAAAAGAUGAUGAGAAAUUUUAUGAAAAAACUCUGGAAAAAGAUCAACUUGAAGUGAAUAAUUCACCUCAACUUUGUGGACCAACUAUUGAAAUUCUUGGAAUUAGAAAAGAAGAAGAAGAUGUAAGAAAUAUUGUCUUAUUAUCAGCUAGUUGA